AUGGCCAGCAGCCAAAUUCUCAGCUCAGUACGGCUCGAGAGCGUCUCGCUCGUCAAAAUCGGACUGGCCAGCUGUAUCGCAUUUCCCUUGCUCUUCAUCAUCGGCUUCUACCUAUGGGUCACCCCGAGCACGCUGAAAGAUUCCCGACGCAGACACCUUCCGCCUGGUCCUCGUGGUUUGCCCUUCUUGGGGAACUUCUUCGAGAUGUCAAGGGCUGAAACGUUUCGGUUCCAGGCGCAAAAGUGGGCGAAAGAGUAUGGUGAGAUAUUUUACACCAAGAUGGGAGGAGCUGAUUACAUCUACUUGUCAUCCCCCACCGCGGUGAAAGAAUUGAUGGACAAGAAGUCUGGCAUAUAUUCCUCAAGACCACCUGCGCCGCUUGCUAGCGAUGUCGCUUCCGCUGGUCGACGGCAAUUGUUCAUGCCAUACGGGCCUAAGUACCGCGUGGUGCGGAAGAUUGCGCAUCAACUCCUCAACAUAACUGUUUCAACCAGCUAUCAACCCAUCCAAGAUCUCGAAUCCAAGCAGUUGAUGUACGAUUUGCUCCACGACCCGGAACACUUCUAUGACCACAAUCGGCGAUAUUCAUCGAGCGUGAUUCUGACUGUGGCAUAUGGGCACCGGAUGGCAGAUUGGGACAAUCCUUUGGUAAAGAAGAUUUAUAGCGUGGUCAAUAACCUGCAGCAAUUUUCUGCACCGGGUGCUUUCCUCGUCGACACCUGGCCCUCGCUGCGAUACUUUCCUCAAUGGAUGUUUGGUAACUGGAGGAAAUUUGGCGAGAAAUGUUUUGCCCAUGACUCUGUCGUCUAUCUCAAGCUUUGGGGAGAUUUGAAGAAAGAGGUUGACGAAGGUAAAGCGAAUCCAUGCUUUGCGAAGGACUUCUACUUGAGCAACCCAGAGAAACUGGGGUUGGACCAACUUCAAGCCGCCUAUCAAACCGGCGGCUUGGUCGAAGCCGGUUCUGAAACAACAUCGGCCUUCUUGAACUCUUGGAUCCUGGCGAUGACUCUCAAUCCUCAUAUCAUGAAAAAGGCUCAGGAAGAGGUCGACCGAGUAGUCGGAGCAGACAGGCUGCCUACAUGGGAAGAUGAGGCAAGUCUGCCUUACCUCAGAGCGAUGAUCAAGGAAUUGCUUCGCACUCGCCCACCAAACAAGUUUGGCAUGCAGCACUACACGACUGAGGAUGACUGGUACAACGGUUACUUCAUACCCAAGGAGACAGUGGUUGUAUUGAACUGGUGGGCAAUAAAUUAUGACUCAUCCCAUUGGGACAGACCCGACGAGUUUAUGCCAGAGCGUUUCCUCGGCUACGAUCUCCCGGCCGCUUCCUACAUCAACAUUGCAGAUCCCAACCAGCGCGACCACUUCUCAUACGGAGCUGGAAGGCGAGUAUGUCCAGGUGUGCAUGUCGCAGAAAAGUCGCUGUUUUUGAAUAUUGCUCGUGUCUUAUGGGCGUUCAAUAUCUCAAAGAAGAUUUCCAAAGAUGGGAGUGUGAUUGAGCCGAACACUGCAAUGGUUCCUGGAUGGAUGACAAUCCCACAACCAUUUGAGUGUGACAUCAAGUCUAAAUAUGCUCAAUAUGUUAUCAAUCCUCUGGACGUGGACAAGGUAAUUGAAGGUAGCAUCUUAGGAUUUGAUUUCUCACUCGUUAAUUAA